AUGUCCCGAGCAAGGCGAAGCUAUUUUGAAGACUUCCGACCCAACAGCCCCGCGUGUGAAGUUGUUUGUGAAGCACAGUGGAAAAGUGAAUUUCAUUUAAACUUCCAACGACUAUAUGAUACUCAAUAUUUUGAAGUACCGUUGGAUCCGACGAUAACGAAAAGCAAGGCAAAUUUAAAACUAUUCUGCCAAUCAACACGCCAAAAGACAUCGUGGUCUCCAGAAAAGCAUGUAUGCCUGGGACAACUUGAAAACUUUGAGCGGAACAUUAACUGCUUGAGCCUGACGGAUCGUUACGUGCAAAGGGAUUGUAAUAAUGUGUGCAAUAACCUUCGGAUUGAAAUAUCGCCAAACGAGGAGGAAGUUAUAAACGAGCUGAAGCUCACAAGACCCGAAAGGAACACGUUGGUUGAACAAAAUGAGCAUUGCCAUUUCAUUUCAUGCCACCAAAUGUGCCAUGAAUACAUUAUUAAUAAAGUGUGCAUUGACAGUGCGGCAGCUGCACGUUCUUUAGUAAAGAACUACUAUGACGCUUAUUUGGAGCGCGAGCAUGCCUCGCUUAAAAAGAAUGACCACGAUGAGCUGUUCUCAAGUUUCUGUCGGCGAGUAACGCCAAAUCAAAAUGAGAAUGCUUAUGCUGGUAAUAUGACGCAAUUCAAUAAUGACAUUCUCGAUCGUAUGAAGGGUCAAAUUCGAGAAAUUUUUUCAAAACUUGAUAAGAAAACCAACUAA